UGGAAUUCAGGUGUCGAACAUUACCAACAGUGCACGCUGGACGAGGUCUGGGCCAUGCUCGGUCGAGGUACCGAGAAGACCAUCCCGUUUUUCAACACGGUCGAAGCAACGGAGAGUGGAGCGGAUCCGUGGUCGGUGCAAGGGAUCUUGGCUCUCCAGGACGGUCCAACGCAGCCUCUUGUGCCGCACUGGCACCAACUGGUUGGGAUCUUGAAGAUGCUCGACAAUUUCCUCGCUGGGAAGCCGAUCCUGCUUGUGGAUGGAGUCGGAGUCGGAAAGACGAUGCAGGUCGUCGGCGUGAUCUGCUUCCUUGCGUUUUUCCAUGAUCACUUUGAGCGCAAUGGAUACUUCCCCGGAAAGUACAGUAAGCCGUUGUCAGAAACGACCACGUUCAAGGGAAACGGGAACGUUCCCAACGCACCCCAUCUCAUUGUCGUCCCCGUCUCCCUUGAGUAUCAAUUCCGACUCGAGAUCCAUCGCUAUGUGCAGGCGAAGACGUUCGACAUGAUGUCAUACUCGUCGAUUAUUCGCGGCGAGAAGAGCGAGAAGUUUUGGACCAUUGUCAACAACUUCAAACAGGCUCCCAUUCGGCAGAUCAUCCUGGCGACCAAUCCGGUAAGCGUGCGACUGACAGUCUGA